GCACCGACGUUAACGCUAACGCUAACCAGCGAGCUAAACAGUUGUAUAUGUAUAUGGGAAACCAACCAGAAAACGCAAUUGAAAAUGGUGAAACAGACGAUACAAAUAUUUGCUCGCCUUAAACCCACUAAAAAACCUACUGCGGAAAAUGUGCAGUCAAUAGGAGAAACAAUGGAAGCAAUAGGGGGACAAAUAGGAGAAAGAGUGUACUCUGUGGACAGUGAGGAGCAGACAGGUGCUUCUCUGGAGUUUGUGGUCCCCAGGGACCUGGCUGAUGGCUUUGUUAACAACAAGAGGGAGUGCUACCAGUUCAGGUUCCAGAAAGUGUUUGAUCAAUCAGUCAAACAAGAAGAGAUAUUUGAAAACAUUGCCAAACCAGUUGCAGACAGUGUAUUGGCUGGCUUUAAUGGCACCAUAUUUGCCUAUGGCCAGACGGGCAGUGGGAAGACCUUUACCAUCACAGGAGGCGCUGAGCGUUACAGUGAUCGAGGCAUUAUUCCCCGCAUCCUUUCCUACCUGUAUGAACGAUUCAGCCAGGACAGCAGUAUGGUCUAUACUACACACAUCUCCUACCUGGAGAUCUACAACGAAAUGGGAUAUGACCUUCUGGAUUCCCGACAUGAAGCCUCUAGAUUGGAAGACCUACAAAAAGUAAUGAUCAUGGAGGAUCCCGACCAGAACAUCCAUCUCAGGAACUUGUCACUGCAGCAGACGGCAAACGAAGAGGAGGCUCUGAAUUUUCUCUUCCUGGGUGACACCAAUCGCAUGAUUGCAGAAACUCCCAUGAACCAGGCAUCCACACGUUCCCACUGUAUUUUCACUGUGUACUUGUGCAGACGUGAGCCGGGCUCAGCUACCCUCCGGCGCUCCAAGCUCCACCUGGUAGACCUGGCCGGGUCGGAUAGAGUGAGCAAAACUGGCCUGAAUGGGCAGCUGCUCACAGAGGCCAAGUAUAUCAACCUCUCCCUCCACUACUUGGAGCAGGUGAUCAUUGCUUUGUCAGAGAAAAAUCGCUCCCAUAUUCCCUACAGAAACUCCAUGUUGACUUCUGUGCUGAGGGACAGCCUCGGGGGCAACUGCAUGACCACCAUGAUUGCUACUAUGGCAGUUGACAAGAGGAACCUUGAUGAGUCCAUCUCUACAUGCCGCUUUGCUCAGCGUGUGGCUCUCAUAAAAAACGAGGCAAUAUUGAAUGAAGAGCUGGAUCCUGCCCUGCUAAUAGCCCGUCUGAAAAGGGAGAUCCAGUCUCUGAAGGAAGAACUGGCCAUGGUGACAGGCGAGCAGAGAGAUGACAAGCUAACUGUGGAGGAGAGCCAGAAGUUGGAAGAACAAGUCAGGGCCUUUCUAGAUGACCCUGAUACAGACGUAACACUAUCGUUGGGACCCGAUAUGAGAAAAAUCCACUACUGUUUCUCCAUGCUGAAGAAAAUGUUUCUGGACAAGCAAAGCAGAGCAAGCAAGUGCAGUGAUGCACAAGAGUCACCAGCAGCAACAGUGAGUGAAGACGGACGUACGGCAGAAGUGUCCAAACUAAAGGAGAUGCUGACUCAACGUGAUAAUGAGAUCAGUAUCCUAGUCAAGAUGUUAAAGAAGGAGAAGAAACGGGCCCAGGAUGCUACUGCUCAGCUUGCUAACAUCACCAGUGACCAGAGCCUGGACUCCCAGAAUGCCUUGAGGUUGUCAACAAUGCCACUGUUGACAGAAGGAAGCACAGAAACCACCUCCACAAGCCAAGGACGAGCUAUACAGUACAUGAAACAAGGUCUACAGCUAACUAUGGGAAAGCAAGAGGCCUUUCAGACAUUCAUAAGAGACCAUGAGGACUAUCUGACCAUUGAAGACAACAAGAACCUACUCAAACAGAGGUCAGCUGAGGCCAAAACACUCGGGGCACAACUGAAUGAAGCUAGAAACAGAAUCAAUGAGCUGAAGAAACAGUUAGAGAUGCGAAGAAGGCAGAAGGCAGCUCAUGGUGUAAUGAGGAAUCACACAGAGUCUGAGGAGGAGGUGGACCCACUGGAAGAAAACCUGUGCAAACACAUUGAGCAAGAAAAAUCAGCCUACAAGAGCACCAUCGGCCGUCUAAAAGCGCUGAGGACAGAGAUUGAGCACUUGCAGCUGUUGCUGGAGAGGGCAAAGGUCAAGUUGCAGAGGGACUUCCAUAAGUGGUGGAACGAGGAAGCUUGCAGUGUGCAGAACUGUGAGUCAGAGGCCACAGCCAGAUGUCACACAGGGUCGCCAAGUGAAACCUUACAGCCAUCUUCACCUGGCACUCCAGGAUUUGGUGAACCUGAUCUGAGCAGCACUGUGAGAGAAUACCCAGCAGGCAGAGACCCCAGUCCAGACUGCUCCACCUCCUCUGUUCAAGAACUCAGACGCUUCAUCCCCAAAAGCACACCUCCCUUGACAGCUGUUCCAGCAUGGCAUGAUAAAUCUCUAGAUGGGACAGUGACUGACCUCACUCCUUCAUUUGGAUGGAGGGCUCUUUCCAGCACCAAGCUCACACCCUCCUCCAUUCCACUGACUGGAGACCAGAAGGCCGAUGCUGACAUCCUGGCCUUUGUCAAUGCCAGGCAAAACCUUCUGAACAGGACAGGUCCACCUCAGCAGUGAUAUGAAGCUCUGGGGAAGACCUGAGCUUAUCAUCAUCUGACUGUUAGUGCAACCUCCGCAUCUGCCAGGUGAUAAUAUGAUCCUGAAAAUCCAAAACAUAUCAAGUUUCACAUAAAAAAAGGACUUUUGCCAAACACACACCACAUAUCCUGUCUCAUUCUCACAUGUACGCACUCACAUGUUCACACUCACACACACUCUUGUUGACCUCCUGGAGAUACAACAGGCAGCGGUAUAAAUCACAGCCUGCACAGGCCAUUUGAUCUGAACAAAUAUUGUCUCAAGAUAUCAGAGGAAGGAGCAACAAUAGGAAACCAGUUGGCACCAAAACAUAUUUAAGGAUCUAAUGAAUCAUGGCUUUUUAAAUGAUCAACAUGCAGAAUGACAAACAUAUUUCUAUAUUCUGCAGGUAACAAAUGUUGUAUAAAAUGUUGUAAAUAGAUGUUUAAUCUACAAUGUGGCUGUUUAUUUCAGAUAUUCUGUUAAAAAGUAAUGUUUCUCUUAAAAUAUUGAAUCAAAAAUGAGACUGCAAAAUAAAAUGUCAACUGCCAAACGUUUUACCGAGGUACAUUGUUUGUAGUUAUUGUAUUAGCCCUUUUUAAAUGACUGACUUUUCCCGUGUUUGUGGCACAGGCAAAAGCACAGUAUCAGUUGACUCCCCCCAAGUCCAUCCUGUGGGUCUGUACACAGUAGGAUGUCGUUACCAUAUGACAUAAACUCUAGUUUGUUUUCUUUCAUUAUUAAUAACACUGUCUUUCUCAUAGCUCUUCCUUUGCUAUUUAAUGUCUUGCAAAUGGCAUUUCUAGUGUGGUGGCUACUGUGGCUUACUGUUCUAUGGAGAAUUACUCAGGAAAUGGACUCCCUGAAACUUCAGAUACAUGGACACCUACGACUGUUGGUUAUGUAAGUCAUGGCCAAAAAUCUU